CUGCGGAAGGAUAUUUUUACUGAGAAUUGUAGUUCCGGGAUCUGGCGCUACUUCCCACGAUGGAAAAGGAACGGGGGAAAAACGUUACAGGGCGUAAGAAUACGACGGAGUUACACGUCGCCACUAGCAGGUGCACAGUGCUGGGAAGUCCUACGUUAGAGGCGAGUGAUGGCAUACCUUAUGGUGUUUUCUCUUUAAAGCUGGAAGAAAGGCACGUCCGCCAGAAACUAUAACGUGCUUUCACUGGAAUAAUGUCACGCGUGGCUAUUAGCUGACUUGUUUACUCCCCGGUGUUCCACCAUAUUGAACUCUACUAUCAACAAAAUGUCAGGUACCUACACACCAGCUCCCGGUGGGCCAUUCUCGGCUCUUACCCCAAGCAUGUGGCCCCAGGAUAUUUUGGCCAAGUACCAUCAAAAAGACUCGUCACAGCAGCCUGAACUCCAGUACGAUGAAUUUGGUUUUAGGGUGGACACAGAGGACGGUGGGGAGCCUAAGUCCUGGCUGGGCACUGAGGGCUCACCUCAGCGUGAAGACCCCCAGCAGCGACUGCGCUGGCAAGCCCACCUGGAGUUCACCCAUAACCACACAGUGGGUGAUCUGACCUGGGAUCUUAUUGAUCCCGUCCUUCCACGCUCGGAGCGUUUGCAUUCCCUGGUGCUAGGAGGAAUACCUCAUAGUAUGAGACCACAGCUUUGGAUGCGUCUGUCUGGAGCCCUUCAAAAGAAGAGGACCUCUGAGAUCUCCUACAGAGAAAUCAUCAAGAACAGCUCCAAUGAUGACACUACAAUAGCUAAACAGAUAGAGAAGGACUUGUUACGGACUAUGCCAACCAAUGCAUGUUUCAGUAGUCUGACCAGUGUCGGAGUGCCAAGGCUGAGACGGGUACUGAGAAGCCUGGCCUGGCUCUACCCCGAUAUUGGCUACUGCCAGGGAACCGGCAUGGUGGUUUCCUGUCUGCUGCUCUUUCUUGAGGAGGAGGAUGCACUAUGGAUGAUGUGUUCCCUGAUUGAAGACCUCCUUCCUCCAUCUUACUUCUCCUCCACUCUGCUGGGCGUCCAAACGGACCAGCGAGUUCUCCGCCAACUUAUUGUUCAGUACCUGCCGGCCCUUGACCGCCUUCUGCAGGAACAUGACAUAGAGUUAUCACUGAUCACACUGCACUGGUUCCUGACAUCAUUUGCCAGUGUGGUGGACAUCCGUCUGCUUCUCAGGAUCUGGGAUCUGCUCUUCUAUGAAGGUUCCCUGGUGCUUUUCCAGGUGACACUGGGCAUGCUCAAGAUUAAGGAGGAGGAACUCGUAUCAUCAGAGAACUCUGCAUCCAUUUUUAAUACUCUUUCGGAUUUGCCAAGCCAGCUGAGAGAUGCGGCUGCAGUUUUAGGAGAGGCUAUGAGGCUGGCAGGGACACUGUCCCAAGAAACUCUGGAAGCUCACAGACACAAGCACUUAGCCUACAUCCUAAAUGAACAGGCACAGCUCAGCAAUGGAAACAGCACAACACUCAACAGUAAUCUCAACAAGGUGGUGAGGAGGCAGUCUUUGCGCAGGAAAUCCACCCUGACCUCCCUGCUGUUUGGAGAGGAUGAGGCAGAAGCUUUGAAAUCCAAGAACAUAAAGCAGACUGAGUUGGUGGCCUCCUUGCGAGAGGCCAUAGCCCGCAUUGCAGAGCACUUCCAUUGUCUGGACCCACGCCAUUCCAGCACUGAUCUGACUCCAGACUACUCCAUGGAGAGUCACCAGCGAGAUCAUGAGAACUUUCUUGUGGUAUCUCGCAACCGGCGGAGACGGGCAAAGGCUUUGCUGGACUUUGAGCGUCAUGAUGAUGAUGAACUGGGCUUCAGGAAGAAUGACAUCAUCACUAUCAUUUCGCAAAAGGAUGAGCACUGUUGGGUCGGUGAGCUCAAUGGCCUUAGAGGCUGGUUUCCAGCAAAGUUUGUUGAGAUUCUAGAUGAAAGGAGCAAGGAGUACUCACUAGCAGGUGAUGACUCUGUGACAGAGGCAGUGACAGACCUGGCCAGAGGGACUCUAUGUCCAUCUCUAAAGGCCAUCUUUCAGCAUGGUCUAAAGAAACCAUCUAUACUUGGGGGGCCAUGUCACCCUUGGUUAUUCAUAGAGGAGGCGGCCAGCAGGGAGGUAGAGAGGGACUUCAAUUCUGUUUACUCCAGGCUGGUGCUGUGUAAAACCUACAGGUUAGAUGAAGAUGGGAAAGUACUAACACCAGAGGAGCUGCUCUACAGAGCAGUGCAGUCAGUCAACAUGAGCCACGAUGCAGCACACGCUCAAAUGGAUGUCAAGUUUAGGUCUCUUGUGUGUGUUGGGCUGAAUGAGCAGGUGCUGCACUUAUGGUUGGAGGUGUUGUGCUCCAGCAUGGCUGCUGUAGAAAAAUGGUAUCAUCCAUGGUCUUUCCUUCGUAGUCCUGGAUGGGUCCAAAUCAAGUGUGAGCUCAGGGUCCUGUCAAAGUUUGCUUUCAGUCUCUCCCAAGAUUGUGAGCUACCCGACAAAAAGGAGAAGUCUGCGAUUCUGAAAGCACAAGUUAUGGAAGUGCUGGUUCAGCAUCACCUCUUUAGUUGGGAUCUCUAGGAGAAGGAGCAGAAGCCACUGAAAGAGGGAGUGCAGGACAUGUUGGUCAAACAUCACCUGUUCAGCUGGGACAUUGACGGCUAGACACGCAGCGAAAAUGGCUGAAACCUGCUGUUGUGCAUCUAAGUUAUCACUUGGUCUCCAAGUGCUUAGUCCUUUGUCUUUUUUAAAAUAUAAAAAAAAGUGAAGCGACAUUCACUAUAUAUAGAUAUACACAGACACUACUGCCUGCUAAGAGGUGACUACUCCACCAACCCCAUCGCCUCUCAUCCUGUCAGUUUUGGACAAUUUGAACACCCAAAUGAUUCAAACUCAACUUUGUGUUUGCUGAAGAAUGUGUAAAUCAUUGUAUAUAAUUUAAAUUUACUAAUACCCAGUACCAGGGGUUUCACUGCAAGGUCAAAAAUAUAUAUACACACAUCUGACACACUCCUGCCAUAGAGAAGAGUCUGUACCGUUAGGACUGGAGCGCAACAAAUGCCUGAACAGCAUUUCUUCAGUACCUGCAACUCAUGAUGCAUGAGUGGGUGAGAAACACGAUCUGUGCUCUUGUUUGGCUCAUUAAGACACGAUUGCCAUGGAAAACACAAGUUGUUUUAACAUUAUCCUAAAUGACAUCAUCAUCGUUCUGUAAAUGUUUUAAGACCAAAAUAGGACAUUCGCAAACAAAAAGCUGUAAAGUUACAAACUAUUUUUUGAGUGGAAUGUAAUUUACCUCAGUAUCACAAAAUAGUUCAUUAAAUGUUGCACACGCCGAGUAAGCCUUGUGAGUGUGAUACAAAACUACCGAAGCAGUGGUAGUAAACAGUCUGUCUUGUAUAAUAUAAUGUACAUGAAGCAGAUACUUUUCAUGUUACAGCUAUGUAUAAAAUAUAUAUACACACACAUAAAAGUCUAUACUUUGUAAUGUUUUUUGGAUAUGAACACAUUUGUUGCUUGUGGCUAAGUGGACCAUUGAAGGUUUAAGGCAGUUCAACAUAGAACUUCAUCUAUAUUUGAUCUCCAGCUUUGACUUGAAAGCCAUGCACUUCAGAAAUAAACUGCAUUAAGUUCA